AACUGCUGGAUUGUGAUUGGAUUGCUCAUUGGAAAUUCAUUGUCACUUAGCUGUGUCUUGUGUAUUAUCAGACCAGCCUUUGAGAGGCUGAAAAACAACAUGUUUGUAUUGUCUCAAGAAAUAAGAUUGAACAAAAUAUAAGAUGGAACCCUAAAGAUAAUUAGGUUACUGAUGUUAAAAUGCCCAAAGUGUCACAAACUGGAGCAGGAACAACACACACCUGCAGAUAAUUGAGAAUCAGCUGGUAUCUGCUGUAAAAACUACUUCAGUGUGAGCACUGCUCUAAGAUGGACCUGUAUUUCACUAAAACAACUUCAGUGACUUAUACCUAGAACUGCACUUCUACUCUGUGUGUGGGACUCAACUCCUCUGACUCUCCAACAAACAAAAUGCAGAACAGGACAGAGAAGUUUGGGGCUCAGCUGCCUCUCUUUGCUCCAGCCAGCAGCUCUCAGCAGCAUCUGUUCAGGAAGAGCACCACCUACCUGGCUAAGAUUGCCGUUAUCCUCCAAGACGCUCCCGGCAAGAUGCUCACUUUCACUCAGUUGAUGGACAGACUGGCACCAUUAAUCUCUGAAGACAGAAAAUCUGUUGAGAACAACAUCAGAGUUUGUUUAUCAACCAGCAAAUGUUUUGUCAAGGUCCCGGUGGUCCCAGAGUCACUGGACAGUAAGAGAAACUACUGGAAACUGGACCCCAAUCAGAUCACAGCAAAGAUGGUGCGUCGUCACUUCAAAGGAAUCCUGCAGAACUUCCCUGAGUUGGCCUCCAAAGUGGAAAUGGAAAACACCAGCAGACCAUCAGAGCACCGCUCAGCUCUCCACUCUCCUGAACCUGCGGCCUGCAAAGCUGUUCAGAUCAGAUGUGAGGUGAAGUUCAGCAGUCCCUUCUCAAUUGAGUCCCUCCUGAAGAGAGACAGUCCCUCUGCUCGGGCCUCCAGAGCUUCUCCUCUGUCCAGCGUGCCGGUCAGAGUGGAGCAGCAGCCUCGGUCCACACUCGGACACAGAGUUGGGACAAAGAGGAGCUUCAGCUGGGACUCUGAGGAGCCUCUCCUCCUUCAAGCUUCAGCUGGAAGUUCCCCCAUCUGCUCAACAGGGGGCAGCACUCACCAUGAACUCACUGCUAAUGGAGCCACUGAGCCCUUCAAGAGGAUGCAUGUGUGCA